CGUCUAUAUAUAUAUAUAUAGACCCUUCGAUACUUCUCGAAUCUCCGUUUCUUUUGAGAAAUGCAGAUUCUUGGCCUGUGAUAAUCGCCGGAACCACCUGAAGAGUUAACUGCGGUGAACUUUGAUUGCGAAUCCUAGGGUUCCGGCGAGUUCAAUUGAAUCUUAGGGUUGGUUUAAUGGCAUCGGAAGAUGUGAAGACAAGCGAGGCUGCGGUUUCGAGGAUCGUGAAUCUGGCCGAAGAAGCGAAGCUCGCGAGGGAAGGAGUGAAGGCGCCGAGUCACGCGCUUCUCAGCGUCUGCAAGUCUCUCGUGGCCGGAGGAGUCGCCGGAGGAGUGUCACGCACUGCUGUUGCUCCAUUGGAACGGUUAAAAAUUUUGCUUCAGGUCCAAAAUCCUCAUACUAUAAAAUAUAACGGAACCAUCCAGGGCUUGAAAUAUAUAUGGAAAUCUGAGGGUUUCAGGGGACUGUUUAAAGGCAAUGGAACUAAUUGUGCUCGCAUUGUACCAAAUUCAGCAGUCAAGUUCUAUAGUUAUGAGCAAGCAUCCAAGGGAAUUUUAUUGCUUUACCGGCAGCAACCUGGCAAUGAAAAUGCAGAACUCACUCCUCUUUUACGCCUUGGUGCUGGAGCAUGUGCGGGAAUCAUUGCCAUGUCAGCGACCUACCCUAUGGACAUGGUACGAGGGCGACUAACUGUCCAGACAGAGAAGUCUCAUCGCCAGUAUAGAGGAAUUUUCCAUGCUCUUUCAACAGUCCUGAGGGAAGAAGGUGCCCGGGCUUUGUAUAAAGGCUGGCUUCCUUCUGUUAUAGGAGUUAUUCCAUACGUGGGUCUCAACUUUGCUGUGUACGAAUCCUUAAAAGAUUGGUUAAUGAAAGCAAAACCAUUUGGAUUAGUUGAGGACUCCGAGUUGAGUGUGACGACAAGGCUCGCAUGUGGGGCUGCUGCUGGAACCGUUGGCCAGACAGUUGCUUACCCUCUUGAUGUCAUCCGCCGCAGAAUGCAGAUGGUGGGCUGGAAAGAUGCUGCUUCAGUCGUCACUGGUGAUGGUAGGGGCAAGGCACCCCUUGAAUACACGGGGAUGGUUGAUGCGUUCAGGAAAACAGUUCGGCAUGAGGGAUUUGGGGCCUUGUACAAGGGUUUGGUCCCGAAUUCAGUAAAGGUGGUCCCAUCCAUAGCAAUUGCAUUUGUGACAUACGAGAUGGUGAAGGACAUUCUUGGAGUUGAGAUGAGGAUUUCUGACUGAAGCCAAGGGAAACUCCAGAUUAUUUAUUGGACAUUGGUUCUAAUUCCAGGAGCAAGACGAAGGAAUAAUGGAUACUUUACCUGCUCUUACCAUUCAAAGUGAGCCCUUUCACUCCGAAGAGAAGGUACAUUUCAAGAAAAAAGGGUUGUUCUGAUACCAGAAACUUAACAAAACCCUUUUGUAAUCAUUAUUUCCCCUCAUCCUCCUCUCAAUUUGAACCUGCCUUAGUUUUAGCUUCUACAUUCAUAUGCUGUGCCAAUAAGGAUUUGUCAGGUAAUAAUGCGCCAGAGCUUUCUAGAAAUUUUAAAUUAUCCUUUACCUUUAUUUGUUGUUACUAGUUUAUGAAAUAGAAUUUCAGAUUCUCCCUA